AUGAAGCCCUUUUGUCUACUCCCGUUGCUCGUGCUUUUGGGAAGCUUUUGCUCCUUGGAGACCGCUAAUAUCUUGUGCUUGGUGACAACGGCCAAGCACAGCAAUCCCGGCUGGUCAAGGCCCCUUUUCGACGCCCUGUUGGCCAAAGGUCAUACCCUAUUGGUCGUCAGUACAGCCCCCAAUCCGGAGCCAAAGAAGCAAGUGGACGGUUUUUUGUACCACCAUCUGCGCAACGAUUACGAUGUGAUGAAGAAGUACUUCCUCCUUGAGAAACCGCGGGAGUACAUGGAUAUGGCGACCCUCAACCAGCUGGUGGUGUGGAAUGAGGUCCUCGUGGGCAGCUGCCGUUCUGUCCUCUUUUCGGAUACCUUGAGCAGCAAGAUGCCGGAGCUGACCGCCCGACUGUGCUCGGAAUUCGAUCUGAUCAUUACGGAUGUCACGCAAGGCAUUGAGUGCCUCAUGGACUUUGUUAACGGUUGGCGUUCCAAGCCAGUUCUGGGCCUGAGUGCUGGUAAGCUCACCCCGGGCCUUUUGUCCCUGCUCCAAGCGGAAAACACUAUAAAUGCGGCCCGGAUACCGCACUACAUAAGCCCAUUUCCGCAAAAGAUGGGCUUCUGGAACCGACUUCACAACCACAUCAUGUACUAUACAGAGCCACUGAUCCGCUUAAUGGCCACUCGGCUGGUUCUGAGUAACAUAACGAAGAUGGAAAACAUUUUUCCCACUCUGCAAUUGGUGCUUUUAAAUACACAUCCAACCUUGGACUAUGUUCAAAACCUUCCGCCCGGAGUCAUCGAAGUGGCUGGUCUCCACAUCAAGAGCAAACCCAGUCCUCUGCCCAAGUAUAUACGGCAAUUCACAGAGAUGUUCAUCGAUGGCAUCGUGUACAUCAAUAUGCCCUAUAUUCAGUAUAUGAAUGGCCAGGGACUAGAAGCAAUGGACACCAUGAUUAGUGACAAUCCCAGUUGUGGUUUUAUAUGGAAUGUGGAGCAACUAGACCAGUUGCCGGCUGAGAAACCAAAUCUUUUGGCGCUACAUGUGGAUCAAUCGCUACAGCAAGAUAUUUUGGCUAUGCAGUACGUCAAGGGAUUCCUGAAUCACGGAGAUAGUUUCAGUCUUCAGGAGGCGAUUCACAAUGCAGUGCCCGUCGUUGUGCUCCCCCUUAAACUAGAGGAAUUUAAUAAUGCCCAACGUGUGAAGGAACGCAACUUGGGAGUGGUGCUUCAGGCCAACGAACUUAACCAAAAAUCCCUGUCCGCUGCCCUUAAGCGAAUCCUGAAUGAAGUGCAUUUCGCAAGUGCCCUAUACCAGGCCCAACUGAAGUUCCGGACUCGUCCGAUUUCCCCUUUAGAAUUGGCCGUAUGGCAUGCGGAACAACUUAUCGCCGAACCACAAUUCUUUAAGAAUUUCGCACAAACGGAGGCUUUAGCCCAAAAUUUCUUCGUGGCCAAUUCACUGGAUGUCCUGGCUGCGCCUUUUCUAGUUCUUCUGGCUGCGGUGGUGGCUCUGGGCAACUUUGUCUUCGUCUUAUUCACUGGACGUUCCAAAGAUCAGCUUUCCAACGAAGAAGUUCCUAAAAAACGCAAGAAGUCGAAAAAGUGCUCCAAGAACUCCUCACCAAUGAAUACGACACUCAAUCUAGAUGUCACCGAUAUAACCGAAGAUCUAAAUGAAGAGCUUCUCGAGGGGGAGGAGCAACUGCCUAGGGGGGAAGAAAAGCUUCUUGAGGAGAAGAAAGUAGACUAAAUGUACCAUUAUAACCCAAAGAAGACUGCCAAUAAAUAAUUUUA